UGUUCAGAAAAAUAGGGGAGGGAAGAAGGUGGAGAGUGUCUCGGCAGAGAAUUUAAAAAAAAUUAUCAAAGAGAUGAUAAAAAAGGCUCUAGAUGACAAUGAUCACCUAGUGAAGCUCCACAAGAGGGUCUGCGAGGAGUGGUCCUCACUCCUGAACAAAAACCCCCAAAAACCUCCAGUGGAGGCGCCUCAGUCGAAGAAUAAAUCCCCAAUGACAGUGAACGCCCGCAAAAAAAUCGAAAAACCCGAAUUAAAAAAUGAAACUUCCUCCAGUUCCUCCAAGACCUCCAGGAAAAUCAUCCAAAGGGAUCACGAAAAUCGACAGAAGGUUCACAAACUAACUCGCCCUAAACAGGAAGACGGCACGAAGAAGAAAAUAAAAGAGGAAGAGGAGAACGCACGGUGGAGGAGGGAGAGGGCGUGGGAAUUCUACCAUCAGCAGAAGAGAGUCCAGAAGGGCUGGAAGAUGCGCAAGAACUGGGAAUUGAAUUCUUGGCUGAAUCAGCUGGACUCGGUGCUCCAUCAGAAGUACCUGAGGGAGCACAGGCACCAGGUGCAGUCUUUUUACUGCCAACCGACGUAUUAUGGGACAGAUAUUCCGGACGCUUUGCACCAGCAGUGUAUGCAGUAUAGAUUCAUCAAUUCAAGCCAUUAAAACUAUUAUUUGCAAGUUAAAGAGAUUAUU